UUCAUUCUGAGAGGGGAAAAACCCAAGGCAACACUAGAGUCUUCUUACGUCUUGUUCAGAUACCUACAGAAAAGGGAGAAUGAUAGCCUGGUCCUUUCUUGAGGUGUGGAAAACCUCUCAUUCAACUCUGUUCCAAAUGACCUUGGCCACUGUUCUAAUGGCUCUUGUUCUUGGUGAUUGUGGACCUCCACCCAGCUUACCAUUUGCUUCUCCAAUCAACCAGUUGUAUGAGACAACCUUCCCAACUGGAACUGUCCUGAAAUAUACCUGCCAUCAUGGCUUCAAGAGAGUCAAUUCAAGCCAUAUUAGUUGCGAUGAGAAUGGCUCAUGGGUCUAUAGUAUAUUUUGUGUCAGGAGACGGUGCAAAGACCCAGGCGAGUUGGUCAAUGGGAAAGUAGACAUUCCGUCUGACCUUUUGGUAGGCUCAAGCAUAGAGUUCAGCUGCUCAAAGGGCUAUCUUCUGAUUGGCUCAACAACUAGCCGGUGUGAGGUCCAAGGUAAAGGAGUUGACUGGAGUGAUUCUCUCCCAGAAUGUGUAAUUGCCACGUGUGAACCCCCUCCAGUCAUCACCAAUGGGAAGCACAGUGGUAGAGAUGAAGACCUGUACACAUUUGGCUCCAUAGUCGUCUACAGUUGUGAUCCCAGCUUCACACUCCUUGGCAAUGCCUCCAUUGUCUGCACUGUGAUGAACAAAACAGUAGGUGUUUGGAGACCACACCCUCCCGCCUGUGAGAAAAUUGUCUGUCAACAGCCACACGUUCCGAAGGGAGAAUUUGCCCCUGGAUUUCGACAGUUCUACACAUACAGAGAUGCUCUUGAGAUCAGAUGCAAGAAGGGUUUUGUCCUCAGAGGCAGCAGUGUGAUCCAUUGUGAAGCUAAUGGCGAGUGGUAUCCUUCUCUCCCCACCUGUGAACCCAAUGGUUGUAUCGAUGUACCAGAUAUUUCCUAUGCUUCUUGGGAGGGAAGUAGGUUUUCGUUAAGAAAUUUUGAAGUAUUUGAAAUUGGGGCCAAAUUGAAAUACCAAUGCAAGCCUGGCUAUCGAGCAAAUCUUAACGAUUCCCAGAUUGUGAUUUGUCAGGAAAAUCUGACCUGGUCAUCUCCCAAUGGAUGUGAAAGGAUAUGCUGCCCAACACCAAAUAUGGAGAAAAUCAAAAUUGUAAGUGAAAGGAGAGAUUUCACUGGCACAUGCAUCUAUGCCUAUGGAGAUUAUGUUUUCUAUAUUUGUAAUGAAGGUUCUUACCCUAUGUCUACGGAUGGAAGAAGUUCAUGUCAAGUAGAUGGCAAGUGGGACCCUGCAAUACCAUCAUGUCAGACAGACUCAGGCCUGCAAAAUCGUCUUGCUUUCACCUUCCCAAACAUAACAGAAACCAAUGUGACAAACAAAAGCUAUCCAUUUGAUCAUGAAGAAAAUGCAACAGAGAGUUCCAUUAAAGGUGCUUGUCCCAAACCAAUAGUCAUAAAUGGAAACCUGUCUGUGGAGAGAGAUCUAUAUGCUGAGCUGGAAAAUGUCACCAUUCAAUGUGAUCCUGGAUAUGACUUAGUUGGUUCUCCAAACAUCAUUUGUUCAGAGAACAGAACAUGGUACCCUGAGAUACCCAACUGUCAGAUGGGGAUCCUGGAAAACUGCAGAAUAGUGAACAAAGGCAGACAACUCUUGCAGUGCCUCUCAAGCCCAGAAGAUGUGCAAAGGGCCCUGGAGGUGUACAAGCUGUCUCUAGAGAUCGAACAAUUGGAACAUCAGAAAGAGAAGUGGACAAGGUUACACAGGAAACCUCAAUUUAUGAAAAUAAAUGGGUCAUUUAGCCCUUUUGGUUAAUAUACAGAACCUCCCAUGCAGCAGCUAGACUGACACUUAAGCUCCACCACUCCUGUUAAAAGGUUUCUGGGCCAGAAGAACUUAGGUUUUUUUUUUUGUUUUGUUUUUGAAUCUAUGUCAUUCAUGAGUGUCUAGUCAUUGUCUACUUGGCUUGACUCACUGAAAUGGUUAAAUAUAAACUAUCAAGUAUCAAAUUUU